GCAUGCUGCUGCUGCCGCCGCCGCUGCCGCCGCCUUCCGGUUCCGGCGCGCGGUGCACGGCGGGAAGGUGGGGCGGCCAUUAGGGGCUGAGCGCGGGCCCUGGCUGAGGUGGGUGAGGUGUAGAGCAGUGACACUGCAAACAUGUCGAUUGGAGUGCCAAUUAAAGUCCUGCAUGAGGCUGAAGGCCAUAUUGUGACAUGUGAGACCAACACAGGAGAGGUUUACCGAGGCAAACUUAUUGAAGCUGAAGACAACAUGAAUUGUCAGAUGUCCAACAUAACGGUGACUUACAGAGAUGGACGAGUGGCACAGCUUGAACAGGUGUACAUCAGAGGUAGCAAGAUACGGUUUCUCAUUUUGCCAGAUAUGUUGAAGAAUGCUCCUAUGCUAAAGAGCAUGAAGAAUAAAAACCAGGGUUCUGGAGCUGGGCGAGGAAAAGCAGCUAUUCUCAAAGCUCAAGUGGCUGCAAGAGGAAGAGGUCGUGGUAUGGGCCGUGGCAACAUCUUCCAGAAGCGAAGAUAAUUUCGAUCUUGACCGACGUGUUUUUGUUGUUUUUUUUUUUUAUUGGGGGGUAUUAAAUUGACUACAUCUGCAUUGGUAUCAGCUUUGUUUAAUAAAUGUUUCUGACAAAAACUUGUCUGCUGUUACGUGAUAGGAUUCCUCUUGGGCAAAUAUAUUGUAGGUUGAUUUCAAACUUAAAAUAGCUUUGUCUGGAAAGUAGUGGACUUUGUAUCUAGAUUUGACUACUUUGUAUUUGUGUGAUGCAUUGACUUCUAAAGAUCAUCAUCUUUUCUUUUUCUUGUUUAGUCCUGUUGUGAUUUCAUUUUCUAAAGAAUUGGAAGGCAUUCUUGAUGAAGACUUUUUAAAUAGUAUGUUUUAAGGUUAUGUUAGCAGCUGCAUUUAUGGAAAACAUAGUGAAACAGAGGCAGCUUCCUGAGAAGCAAAGUAGUAUGUUCAUUUGCUUUAUAUGUGGACCUACAAUAGGUAGAGGUCCAUCUUCAGAUCUGUAUGUUGAGCUUGUAUUCUUGCGUUUCUUAUUUUUCUUUUUGGGUACAGGGAGAAUUUUUGAUUAGGAACACACAACUUUGAUAGCCUGAGUCUAUAUUUGGAGUGAAAAAUUCUACUCUGACUCUUAGUAGUUUUUCCCUCUGCUUGGGAAAAGACAAUGGAAUAUAAAACAGGAAUUUUCACGGAUAAACCUAAAAGGUUUUGUGGAUUUGAAAGGUAGUGCAGGUGUAUGGGGAAAGUCUUAUAAAUGGAUAUCCAUUAAAUACAACUCGAUACAAAUGCUAAUCUUUUGAACAGAACUUAAGAUUGACUUCAGCUUUUGGUCUUAGCGUCUACGCAGUCAUAGAUCAUCAGCUGAUCUGGAGGAGGCUGCAUGUAGUUAAACUUUAUUUUGCUAAAAGUAUAGUGUGGUUGUUCUUACUAAAAUGUUUGAAAUGUUUAUGUGACACUUCUGUGCCCAACCACCUACUUGCCUACAAUCAGUUACCAGUCUGUACAUGUAUGAAAUAGCAAGUCUUGCUUUUUUUCCUCUGAUGCUGUGAGGACUCCCUUGUGUGCAGACAUGGAAGUUGAACUAAUGUAUUAAUUUGUUGAAUUGUCUGUAAAUAAAGCUGUAUUUGGUCUCACA